GACAUCACGCUACUCCGAUCCUCCUUCCCCUGUCCUAGUCACUCAAUUAUCAUGCACAACAGCUAAAAUCAAAGCAACUGACCAACAAUUAAAAUAAGACAUAAAAUCCGCCUGAUCACACAAAAUAUCUUUUUGACACUCUCAUUCUUCCUCAUUUCAUUUCAUUUCAUUUCAUUCCAUUUCUAUUUGCAUCUUCAGACUACCUCUCCUCAUUUAUCUAUUAUUAUUACCUCACAAUGCCAGUCUCUUCUGUUCUGGCCAGUCCGGCCGUACAAAUGAUCCAGUCAUACCUCAAUAACCCUCGCCUCAGCAACGUUAAAAACUUGGUUUUCAUUAUCUUUGUUUACAAGCUCCUCAAUUGUCUCAACACCAUAUUUUUGGUUCAUGGACCAACGAGGACCUGCAAAGAAAUCAAGGCCUAUCUCAGCUUGCUUGCAUUCAAGUACAUUAAGAUGAUUCCGAGUAUAAGAAAGAAGUUGGAAAGGGAACUCGGGAAGGCUGCCAAGGAUAUAGAGGAUAAAGUCGCACCCCAGGAUGAUAAGUUCCCUCGCUACACAACCUUGCCUGUGAAAGGUUUCUCGGAAGAAGAGAUGACAAAGGAGCUCGAGAGAUACAGCGAACUACCCCACACUCGUUGGGAGGAAGGGCGCGUUUCUGGUGCAGUGUACCACCACAACAAAGUUCUUUCCGAUCUUGGUGCUCUUGCUUACAGUAAAUUCUCAAGUGCUAAUCCUUUGCAUCCUGAAGUCUUCCCUGGUACAAGAAAAAUGGAGGCAGAAGUCUGUGCUAUGGUGUUACAGCUUUUUAAUGCUGGUCCAAAGGCUGGCGCUGUUAUGACCUCUGGAGGCACUGAGUCAAUUUUGAUGUCAUGCAAGACUCAUCGUGAGUGGGGUAAGGAUGUCAAGGGUAUCACCAAGCCUGAAAUUAUUGCUCCUGUUACUAUCCAUGCCGCAUUCGAUAAAGCUGCCAGCUACUUUGGAAUGAAGCUUAUUCAUGUCCCUGUUGAUCCCGUCACUAUGCAGGCGGAUAUCAAGGCUGUCAAGAAAGCCAUUAAUAAGAACACAGUCCUUAUUGCGGGGUCUGCCGUCAACUAUCCUCAUGGUGUUAUGGAUGAUAUCGAGGCCUUGGGCAAGUUGGCUUUGAAGUAUAAUGUUGGUCUUCAUGUUGACUGUUGUCUUGGUAGUUUCAUGGUAGCAUUUGCAGAAAAGGCUGGCUACAAAUUGCCUCCCUUCGACUUCCGUGUUCCCGGAGUGACUGCCAUCUCCUGCGAUACCCACAAGUAUGGAUUUGCCCCCAAAGGAUCGUCAAUCAUCAUGUAUCAUACCAAGGAGUUGCGCCGAUACCAAUACUUCAGCAUGGCAACCUGGCCAGGUGGAAUUUAUGCCUCUCCUUCCAUUGCCGGUUCACGCCCCGGCGCGCUGAUUGCAGGAUGCUGGGCUACUUUGAUGCACAUUGGUCAGGAGGGCUACAUUAAAGAGGCUAAGCAUAUCAUUAGUGCUCAGAUCAAGGUCCGCAAAGCGAUCGAGUCUAUCCCCAGCUUAUAUGUGUACGGUGACCCCAAGACUUCAGUUGUUGCAUUCAACUCGAACAAGUUCAAUAUUUAUGACAUCAGUGACCAGAUGUCAAAGCGUGGCUGGCACUUGUCUGCUCUGCAAAACCCACCAGGAGUACACUUCACCAGUACAAUCCCCUCUGCUGAUGCCUCGGAUGAGUUUAUUGCAGACCUAAAGGAGGUUAUGGCUGAUUUUGAGGCAGGCAGGAUCACAGAGACAGGAUCCACAGCGGGUAUGUACGGUAUGGCUGCUACUGUGCCCUCGUCCGUUGUUGCAGAAGUUGCUUGUGCUUUUGUAGAUGCCCUUUAUAAGCCAUAGAUUGAAUUCACAAAUGAAAAUGUACAAUACAAAUGCAGUAAGAAAACUUGCUUAAAC